UCUUAUUAAACUUUAAACCCCAUAAACAACAUUCUUUGCACAGUGAGAGAGAGAGAGAGAGAGAGAGAGAGAGGAAAGAGAGACCAUUUAUCCUCUGACUGUUUUUUUAACAUUCGAGAGAGAGAGAGAGAGAGAGAGAGUUCAACUCUUUGACUCGGCCAUGCCGGCAAAGAGUGUUAUCUAUCGAUAUUUAUAUCUGAAAGCGCGUUGAUGCAUACGAGCAAGUAAAGGUGUUCAAUUUUGACUGUCAUCCACGGAAAAUCGUUGCACGAAUUCUUUGAUUUUGGAGAGCACAUCAAAACCCUAAUUUGGGUUUUCAUUCAAAUCAGGUCUAAAGCUGUGAUUGGCGGUUAGUUUUGGGGAUUUAAUGGGUGGGAUUUGUGGUAAGCCUGCUGCCAUCGAUGAUGGCAGAGGGAGUACGAGUUCAAGGGAGAGAGUACCGAGUAAAGCUUCAUCAGAAUCGCGUGGAUCGCGGUCUAAAAGGGUAGAAAGUUUUAGGGUGAAGAAUAGAGGUGAAGUAAGAACUGGAUCCAUCGACAAGAGAUUGAAUUCUUCACGACGUGUUCGUGAUGAUCAUUACGAGAAGAAGAGAGAGGUGUCAGAAGUGUUUAUUGCUAAUAUUCCUGGUAUAGGGACUAUUCCAAAAGCUAUAGAAGGUGAACAAAUCGUGGCAGGUUGGCCUUCUUGGCUUGCUGCUGUAGCUGGUGAAGCCAUCAAUGGAUGGUUACCUCGCCGAGCAGAUACAUUCGAGAAACUUGAAAAGAUUGGUCAAGGAACAUAUAGCAGUGUCUACAAGGCUCGUGAUCUCACCAACAAUAAAGUUGUUGCUUUAAAAAGAGUGCGUUUUGAUAACAUGGAUCCCGAAAGUGUGAAGUUUAUGGCGAGAGAGAUUCUUAUCUUGCGAAGGCUUGAUCAUCCCAAUAUAAUCAAGCUUGAAGGAAUGGUCACUUCACGCACUUCAUGCAGCUUGUACCUGGUUUUUGAGUACAUGGAACAUGAUCUUACUGGACUUGCAUCAUUACCUGGGGCUAAGUUCACAGAACCACAGGUUAAAUGCUACAUGCAACAACUGCUAAGUGGACUUGAGCAUUGCCAUAGUCGUGGUGUUUUACACCGUGACAUAAAAGGGUCGAAUCUUUUGAUAGACAAUCAUGGAAUCUUGAAGAUUGCAGAUUUUGGUUUAGCAAGUUUUUUUGAUCAUCGGGAAAACCUGCCAUUAACUAGCCGAGUUGUGACUCUUUGGUAUCGACCACCUGAACUUCUUCUUGGAGCAACUCAUUAUGGAGUUGCAGUGGACUUAUGGAGCACAGGAUGCAUUCUUGGAGAGUUAUAUGCUGGAAAACCUAUCAUGCCUGGUCGAACAGAGGUGGAGCAAUUGCAUAAAAUAUUCAAACUUUGUGGUUCACCAUCUGAGGAUUAUUGGAGAAAAUCAAAAUUACGUCAUUCAGCAGUGUUUAAACCUACACAACCUUACAGAUGUCGAAUUGAAGAAACUUUUAAAGAUGUUCCUCCUGUUGCUAUCAGUCUUAUGGAGAUGUUACUUGCAAUAGAUCCUUCACAAAGAGGAACCGCAUUAUUUGCUCUUAAGAGUGAGUUCUUUACAACAAAACCACAUGCUUGUGAUCCUUCAAGCUUGCCAAAAUAUCCUCCCAGCAAAGAAAUUGAUGCAAAACUAAGGGAGGAAGAAGCUAGAAGACAAAGAGCGGAAUAUAAGGGCCAAAAGGUGGAAAAGGAAAGCCGAGGACCAAAAGACCCUCGGGCAGUUCCAGCUCCUGAUGCCAAUGCUGAGUUAGUAGCAUCAAUGCAGAGAAGGCAAGACCGAGCAAACUCAAAGAGCAGAAGCGAGUACUUCUCCCGUAACAAAGACGACACGGCUUCCGGUUUCCCCAUCGAAAACCCGAGACUCUCCCAUUACUCGAAAGAUUCAAUCCGCGAUUCCAAACCACACCCACCAAUGCGGGAAUCCUAUUCCGGCCCGUUGGUUGCGGAUUCCUGGACAAAAUCAGGAAAGAAAUACGACGAUGUCUCAAUCACGAGCCGAGCUGAUUUAUCUUCGCUCUCGGGUUUAGUGAGCUCCCGGAUAUUAUCAGCUGAAGAUCGUGAAAAACGUGUGUCUAAUUCUAAUUCUUCACAAUUGGAUCCAACAAAUCAAAUGGGAAGACUAUCGGAAUUCACCCAAGAAUUCGGGCACUCCGGAAAGCAUGAUCGGAAAGAUCUUUCCCGGAGAUACAUGGAAAGUGGAAGAUCUAGUACUAAGGAACCUGCUCAGAAUGGUCAUGGAUACAAGGGAAACAACAAGAUCCAUUUCUCGGGUCCAUUGGGUUCAUCGAAUGCGAAUGUGGACCAGAUGCUGAAAGAUCAUGAUCGACAUAUUCAAGAAGCUGCUAGAAGAGCGCGCCUUGAUAGGACAAGGCUCUCCAAAGAUAAAGCAGAUGCAACACAAAUGAUGGCAAACCCUAUUUAUAUGUCUAGCCGCAGACCCAGGGGAAUUUUAUGGCGUAAAUUUUGGUUUGGAAACGUCUUUAUAGUAGAUUGGUAA